AUGAUGUUAUCUCAAGAUGCACAGCAACAACCAUUUGCGCCGUUAGUGUAUUACGUUGAAGGUUCAUUGCAAUCUGCACAAAGCGAUCGACAUGUUGAUUAUGAUCGGCUACAUCCGUAUCAUCAUGAUGCUGGUGUGCAAUCAUACUAUUACCUUCCCGAUAAUUUGUAUGUUAUGAAUGAUCCACAAUACAAAGCAUUUUAUGAUUUAUAUGACUCUGCACGAAUGUCAAAAAUAUUUUGUGCUACUGAUCCAUUUGGCCGUUUACAUCUAGAUUCGAUCGUAAACACACUAAAACAAUAUUUCAGUAUUUCCGUGACUGAAAAGGAGUUGUUUGAUAUGGCUCAACAACUGCAUUAUGAUCUCUAUAAACCAUUGUCAGCUCGUCGUACAAUUCGCAUACUUGUUGAAUUAGGAAAAAUGAGCAGUUCCACAGAAUAUCGACCCACUCCUUCACCAUCAUUUUCAGAUGCUAAAGGCGGCGGAAAAAUGGGACUGUCACUUCCAUCAGAAAAUACGGUGCGCUCCAAUGUUUUACAAAUGCUUUUGCCAAAACCACAUCUCGAACUAGUACGAGCAAUCCCAGAAGAAGUUUACAUUAAUAAUGAUAAUAAAGAAGACGUAACACUUAUUUAUUAUGAUGAAAAUAUUAGUUCAGAUGAUGAUACAACAAAAAUGAGCGAUAUUUUGAAACGUAUCAAUAAUUAUGUACUAGUUUGUUCUGACAGAAAAACAUGUCUAAAGUAUAUCGAGGAAACACUUAACGAAAAAAUAUUUUUGAUAUUAUCUGGUGAAAGCGCAACGAAUGAUGAUCUAUUAGAUGAAAUACAUGAUAAAAAACAAAUUGAUUCAAUUUAUAUAUUUUGUAUAAAACGUCAAUCAUACGAAGCAUUGUUAACCAAUAGCAAAUAUUCUAAAAUUAUUGACAUCUACACAGACUAUAAUCGACUUUUAAAAAAUAUUAAAGAAAACAUGCAAUUUGUAGUUAAACAAUCGACUGCGUUUACUUUAGUCCAUCAAGAUGAAAAAGCCAUGCGAAACUUGAAUAAAGAAGGUUAUGAAUUUGGAUUUUUCUUUUUAAUGAAACUUAUUUUGCUAAAAAUGAAAUCCACUCCCGCAGCAAGAGCCGAUAUGAUUGACGUAUGCCGCAAUUAUUACCGUGGUAAUAAACAAGAGUUAGAAACCAUCAAACAAUUUGAAUCAACAUAUUCCUCCGAUGAUGCUAUUAAAUGGUAUACAAAACAGACAUUCGUUUAUCGUUUGGUUAACAAAGCACUAAGAACAGAAGAUUUUGAAUCUUUAUAUACAUUUCGUUUUUUUAUAUCUGAUCUUUGUUCGAAUUUGGCUACGAAAUUUGAAGGUCUGAAACUACGUCAAAAAAAACCUCCUGUUCUGACAUCUUACCGUGGUCUAAAAUUGUCACUGCAAGAAAUUUAUAAUCUCAAAAUAAAUAUCGGUCAAAAAGUGUCAACAAACGGAUUUUUAUCAACUACUCGAUCACGUGAUGUUGCAUAUUCCUUUGCUCAGAAAAGCACAAAACGCGUUGACGUUCAAGCAGUUAUGUUUGAAAUUGAGGCAGAUACAAAACUUUUAACAACACCAAUAGCGGACAUUGCCGAAUACAGUGAUUAUCCGGAGGAAGAAGAACUAUUGUUUGAUUUGUGUGCUCAAUUUUCAAUAAAUAGUGUCGAUUACAUUGAGAAUGAACAAUAUUGGUCAGUUAAAUUAACAGCAUUAGAAGAAUUAUUAACAUCUGAUAUACGUAAAUCAUUGGAAAAACAGAUGCUGAAUAUUAAUUUAGAUAUUGAAUUAGGCAAAAUAUUGAAUCAAAAAGGUGAAUAUGAUAAAUGUGAAAAAUAUUUUGAAAACUUACUUCGUUUAAAUCAAUACAGACCAGAAGAAUUAGGACAAAUUUAUUCAUACCUUGGCGAUGCUUCACUUAGACAAACGAAAUAUGAAAUUGCGUUAAAAUAUUUCAGUUAUGCAUAUAAUCAACAUAUAAAUAAGACGAAACCACCUAAUAUAUUAUUGGCGGCAUAUAUAACAGAUUGCAUUGGUACCGUUUAUUUUCUACAGCGAGAUUUUGAAAAAGCAUUAGAACAUUAUACAAAAGCAUAUAAAGUGAGAAAACAAAUCAUACCUGAAAAUAAUUGUGCUAUGGCUGAGUCACUGAACAAUUUCGGUGUCAUUUAUGAAGAAAAAAAUGAUAAUAAACAUGCACUUGAUCACUAUCUUAAAUCUUUAAAACUUUAUGAAAAUUGCCAUGCAUGUGUAUCUCAUGAUGAUGACAUGGCACGUGGUUAUACAAAUAUUGGAUGUAUUUAUUUCAAAGAAGAAAAAUAUGAUAAAUCAAUAGAAUAUCAUUGGAAUGCCGUUCGAAUUCGCGAACAACAGUUCCUCUUACCUCAGUUUCAGGAUAUAUUUCGAUCGUUGAAAUGCCUGUGGGAAAUAUAUAAUAAAAAGAAUGAUGACGAUGGUAAAACGUUGUGUAAUGAAAAACUAUAUAAUGCAUGCGAAAAAGUGAUUAAUGCUAAAACAAUUCUUCAUGAAAACACAAAGCUAGCUGUACGAAAAGCACUUGCAGAAGAAGAUUAUUCGAAAGAAAACUACAAUAAUACAUUGGAUCAUUUAUAUAAAAUUUUGAAAAUAUACGAAAAAAUUGAACCAGAUAAUCACGAAAAAAUAGCUGAACUCUGUGAAAGUAUUGGCCUUGCUCACUGUCAAAACUGUGAGUAUGAUUGGUCAAUUGAAUAUUUCAAAAAAUCUCUGGGUUUACAUGAGAAACAUUUACCAGAACAUUAUAAAGAUGUAGCCGAUUGCCAAUAUAAUAUUGGUUUUGCCCACAUGGGCAAAGGUGAAUUUAAUCUUGCACUUGAUUUUGUUAAGAAAUCAUUGAAAACUCGAGAGCAAAAUCUACCAUCAUUAAUAAAUAUUGAUUUGGCGAAUUGUUAUUUCAACAUUGGUGUUAUUAAACAUCAAUACAGAAAAUAUGAUGAUGCAAUCGGAUAUGGUUUAAAAGGACUGACCAUUUAUGAAAAAGUUUUAUCCCAAAAUAAUUUAGAAAUUGCCGAAAGAUACCGCACAUUGCAUUCUUGGUAUAUUCAAAAAGGUGAUUUUGAACAGGCGUAUCAGUGUUUGUUGAAAGUGUUAAACAUUUAUGAAAUGAAUCUACCGGAUCAAAGGGAAAACUAUGCACAAUGUCUUUGGGAUAUCGGCUCAUUUCUAUUUGAUUAUAUAGGAGAGUUUGAUAAAGCCCUUGAUUAUACAACAAAAUCAUUGAAUAUUAGACAAGCUCUUUUAUCAACUGAUGGUGAUAAUAUUGACAUUGCUAAAUGUUAUAUUGUAAUGGGCGUUAUUCAUUAUAACAAGUUGCAUUAUCAGUUGUCAUUAGAAUAUUUGAUGAAAGCGUUAACUAUUUAUCAGAAACAUGUAACUGAUAGUAAUAAAGAGGUAACUGCAAUAAUUUAUUAUUGCCUGAGUGAAUGUUAUUGUAAAUUGGAAAACUAUGUUUUGGCAUUAGAAAAUGGUAUAAAAGCAUUGCAAAUACAAGAAAAUGUCUUAUCCGCCGUUCAUGAAAAUAUAGCCCAAUCGCAUAGUAAUAUUGCUACCAUUUAUGCGAAGAAAAAAGAUUAUAAUAAGGCGAUUGCAUAUUGUACGAAGGCGGUAACAAUACUUAAUCAAUUAAUUCCAUCUGAAAGUCAUGAAAUUGCAUAUACUCUGGAAAAUAUUGGAAAUGCCUAUUCAGAUAUGAAUCAAGAUAAUCUUGCUCUUGAAUUUUAUUCCAAAUCUGUGGAAAUGUAUAGAAAGACUCAAACAAUUAAACAUCCUUGUGUGUUACGUGUCGAAAAUAUGAUUCAUAGUAUAAAGAAAAAACAACGUCGUCGCUAG